UUGGUCCGGUGACAUUUUAGAGGGCUUUCGAGGAAAAAAGCUCCUAAUCAUUGGGGGGUUUUGUGAAAUAAAUACGAGUUCGAAAAGAGCGAACCCCAUUUUCCUCCCUCCCCCCCUCUCUGUUUCUCCUUGAUCUUAGAGCACUAGAAACAACCAUCCAUGGAGCCCAACCGGAUCUUCUUGUUCCAGGGGCUCCUCAUCGCGUUCGCCGUCGGCCUCGCCGCCUCCUCCGCCUUCGUCUCAGAUUCUGUUGUCGAAACCCAGAGAUCUACCGGCCGGAAUCUGCUCCAGACGAAAAAGCCUUGCCCCGUGAGCUUCGAGUUCAUGAACUACACGAUCUUCACAAGCCAAUGCAGGGCACCCCAAUACCCCGCGAAGCUCUGCUGUGGUGCUUUCUUAGAGUUUGCGUGCCCUUAUGCAGACGAGCUCAACGACCUCACGAACGACUGUGCCUCAGUCAUGUUCAGUUACAUAGACCGUAUUGGCAAGUACCCUCCGGGUCUCUUUGCCACCGAGUGCAAGGGAGAUAAGCAGGGGCUUCCCUGCCCCGCCGGUUCUCCUCAGCCCUCUCAGAAUGCUGAUGCUAGUGCCGCCUCUUUUGCUCGUGUUGCGUCGUCUCGGAUUGGUCUCGUGUCUGCGCUCGUCCUGGGGUUUCUUUCCUCUUGGACUGAUGCUUGCAAUGAAUGAUGGUGUUGUAUUCUUUACUGAAUUAUAUUGGCUUAUCCUCUAUUAGUGAUGGUGGUUGCCUAUUAACCAGGAGUUCGAUGGCGAAUGUCGCGGAGCGCGUGAAUCUAGCUGGCGGCGACAAAGAUCCUCAUGGAAUCGGUUCGAAUCUCUAACGUUACUAAAUUCCGCGCUUCCGAUUCGUUUGAUUAUUCUCUAAUUCUUGCGUAUGUUUGCACCCCUGUGCUGAUGCAUUUGUAAUGUAAGGGGGUGAUUGGUGAGAUGUAAUUCUAAAUGAUGAGAUGGUAAGGUUUUUUAUUUAAGAAGUGGUUUUGUUUGUAUUCUAUAUUUAUUAUUUUUGUGCAUGAAUAUGCUUAAGUUUUUAUGGGGAGGUAGGUUUUAGUUGAUUGAGAAUAA